AAACUUCUUCGAUUCUCUCGUCUCCCACUGUUUCAAAUAUGCAUCCAUCCAUUAAUUUUUUUCUUGCCUUCUCAGCCAGCCAAAAGAGCCAUCUCUCCCACUCGAUCUCCCUCUAGCUAGAUCUGCCAAUGCUUUGGGUUUGGGCGCUGUGGAGCAGGGAGAGAUCGAUCUAGCUAGCUAGCAAGCGGUGGAGAUCUAGGAGAUAUCAUUGAGGACACACUUAAUUACUAGCUGGCGGCGGCCAAAGCCAAGGAUCAUCAUCGUCGUCGUCGUCAUCGAUCAGUGACCCUAAUCAUGCAGAAGAAGAAACUAGCUCUAGCUGCAGACAGUAGUACAGCUCCGCGGCCUCUUGAACAGCGAGUCCCUGACCUCACCGACUUCAUGAACGACAUGUUCUUCGGCGCCGCCAAUGUCGAGAAGAAGUCGUAUAACCUGACGGGUGACGAAUUAGAUGAUGAUGAAGAAGAAGAAGAAGAAGGUUUCGAUGACAGCAGGAGGAGUACGAGUAGUAGGUUAACUAAGGAAUGGCUGGAGGAAGCCAAGCUCUUGGUGGCUUCGUCUCCUUCCCGGUGCGAAUCGCCCUCUCGACUCAUCGGAUCUCCCAGGUUUGCCGGCUUGUCUCAGACAAGAUCGUCCGCGUCCCUGCUUGAUCGGAGGGAUCCACGCUCUAGGUCUGCUCGCAGACAAAGGGCAACAGAAGGAUUCAGCGGCGAGAUCCUGACCAAAUCAGCGAAGCACACUCGUAACAAAUCGGAGCCACUCGACGAGCAGCCACCGCCGGCCGCCGAUACCUCCCCUGCCUCCGCCGUCCAGAAAUGGUUCUCCACUAUCAUACACAAACCUCCCCCCAUUUCCCCCCCUGCCGCCUCCGCUAAUCCGCCUCCGCCUCUUCCACCGCGACAGUCGACCUCGCGUAAGUCCCGCUUCCACAACACCCAGCCCCAGCCGAUUCUCGGCAGCUCAAGACGGACAUUCAGAGCCGCGGCCGGCGCUCCGGCGCCGGACACGCAGGUGCUGUCUCCACCGAAGAACCUCGUCGAGUCGGCUCACCGGCGAUCGAUUUCGUCCUCUACCUGUUCGCUCCUGGACAAGCAAGUUCUCUCGCCGCCGAGAAACUUAGUGGAAUCCGCUCACCGGAGGUCGAUAUCGUCGUCGACCUGCUCGACGGAGAACAUUCCCCGGAAGCCUAGUGUCAAUGAUCAGACGAAGGAGGUGGUUAAUGGUUGCGAAAAUCGUGAUCUUAAUGGGUUUCUGAAGGAACAGCGAGACAACAUUGAGAAGAUUUUGAAUGGGGAGAUUGAUGGGAAGGCCAAAAUUGUGCUCUCUGGGCCUUCAAACAGUACUAGUUCAAUGGUAGCUGCAAUUUGCUAUGCCUGGCUGUUGGAUCACAGAAUGAAGACUGGUAAGGAGGGAGGUGGCUUCAAAGCUGCGGCAGUGGUGCCUGUCAUGAACGUGAGAAGGGGAAAAAUGUGGAAGCAGCGACAAGUAGCUUGGCUUUUUCACCAUGUGGGUCUUGAUGCCACAGCGUUGCUGUUUUCUGAUGAGGUGGAUUUGGAAACACUAAUGAUGGCUAAGAAACUGCACAUCCUCAUUGUUGGGCAAGAUAUCCUUAGAAGAAAUGGUGAGGUUGGAUCUCAGUGCACCAUUCUUACAGACAAUUACUGCGAGGAUGCUUAUGACUUACUUCAGUCUCCAAUCCUGAAAAAGCUUCUGCUUGCAGGCAUUUUAUUGGACACACAAAAUUUAAACUUGGCUGGCAUGUUGUCCACAACUAGAGAUACAGAAGCAGUUCAGUUGCUAUCAGUUGGCUGUACCCCAAAUUACCAAAGUGCUCUUUAUGAUCAAUUGAUGCAGGAUCAGAAAGAUGGUUCUCUCUUUGAAGCCUUGCGGUACAACUAUGGGAAGCCUCCUAAUGAGGGUGGCUCUGAUUCUGGAGAACCAAUAGAGCACACGGGUGAAGAGAGAAAGUCCAAGUAUAAAGCAGGCUCGCAAAAUUCAGAUAGAAGUUCCAGUGAUAUGAGAAGUACAAAAUCCAACAUGGCUUUGCCUAUGUCAGCUAAACCUAAAUCAGAUCCAGCACAAGCUUCUUCCCCAGCACCAGCACAAGCAGCCAAUCCUCCUCGUGGGAAAAAUAAGUUCUUCCUGGCAAAGUGGUUUGGUUUUGGUUCAAAAUGAUGGGACAUACUCUAUACUUUGACUAGUUAACUGAUCCUAUAAAUGCUAAAGCUUCCUGUGGAUAUGUCUAUUGGCAUGGUUGUAAACUUAGUCAACCUGGUGACCUGAAUUGUUACUGUUGUUAGGGAUGGUCAGUGUUCAUAUUGUCAUUAAUUUUGUAUCAACAAAUAAUGGUGAUAGCUCAACAAUUUUAUUAGAACUUAAUUGUAUCGUGACAUUAUUAUUAUAUUCCCUCAUAAAAUGGUAUUUGCUGCACUUUUUUAAA